AUGGAAUCACAAUCUUCGAAACCCCCUCUCGCCACACUAUCGUUGAAUAUCCCGGCUUUCAACACGACUAACACUAAGUCCUGGUUCGUUCAAAUCCAGGCAUUAUUUGAUGCGAAGCGAAUCACCUCCCAGAGAACCCGGUAUUGUUACUUAGUGGAAAAACUGCCAGCAGACAUCGUCGAGGAAGUAAUGGAUUUACUGGAAAAUGUCCCGGAUGACAACCUGUACGAUAGACUCAAGGAAGCAAUUUUAAAACGGACCGGUGCCUCGAACGAAGCCAUGCUACGCAACCUUUUCACUCAGGUUGAAUUAGGAGACCGCACCCCAUCGCAGUUAUUGAGGCACAUGCGAACCUUACUGGUGAACAUUCUUUCACCCUCUCUUUCUCUCAUCUCGCUCGCUACACAUAGUCCUACAUUUCCCUCUCACAUUCCCAGUUCCUUUCUUUCUCUUUUUCUUCCGCAGCUUUACGGACAAUUUCAUUUUUUGGACCAGCUACUCUCUCUCUCUAUAUCUAUCUAUCUAUCUAUCUAUCUAUCUAUCUAUCUAUCUAUCUAUCUAUCUAUCUAUCUCUAUAUAUAUAAAGACCAACCUGAAUUCAUAUAUAUUUGUUCAUCUCUCUCUCUCUCUCUCUCUCUCUCUCUCUCUCUCUCUCUCUCUAUCUAUCUAUCUAUCUAUCUAUAUAUAUAUAUCACGCAAACCACUUUUUUAUUGUCAAACGUUUAUUAUUUUUGUUUCUUCAUAUCUAUCUAUCUAUCUAUCUAUCUAUCUAUCUAUCUAUCUAUCUAUCUUUUGCAGUCUGUUGAUUAUCUCUCUCUCUCUCUCUCUAUCUAUUGCUGUCUGUCCAUUAUCUAUCUAUCUAUCUAUCUAUCUAUCUAUCUAUCUAUCAUGGCUCUGUGUAGAGCGGCGUUAUAA